AUGACAACUCUCAAGCCCGGCGAUGCGUUCCCCAGUGACGUUGUCUUCAAGUAUAUCCCUUGGUCCGAGGAGAGCGGUGACAUUACCGCCUGUGGUAUCCCGAUCAAUUACAACGCUUCGCAGGAGUGGGCGAACAAGAAAGUCGUCCUCUUCUCCGUCCCUGGUGCUUUCACCCCGACCUGCUCUGUCAACCACAUGCCGGGCUACAUUAAGAACCUGCCUCAGCUCCGUGAAAAGGGGGUGGAUAUCGUGGCAGUGGUUGCGUUCAACGAUCCCUUUGUGAUGAGCGCCUGGGGCAAAGCCAAUCAAGUGCGCGGAGAUGAGAUCCUAUUCCUCUCCGACCCUGAUGCCAAAUUCUCCAAGAGCAUUGGUUGGGCCGAUGAGGCAUCCGGACGUACCGGCCGGUAUGCCAUAGUCAUUGACCACGGCAAGGUCAGCUAUGCCCAGAUCGAAACUGAGAGGGGCGUAGUGAAGAAAUCGGGUGCCGAUACUGUUCUCGCGUCGCUCUAG